AAUAACUCGGUGCCGUCUCUGCUUGUGCUCUGCGUGUAGAAGGGGUGCCAGGGGCUGCGCUGGGCACAGGGUCUGACUCUGGAGGGCGAUUUGUAGCGGGGAUUCCUCUCUGGAGAAGGAGUUCAGCUCGGCCAUCGUGGGACCCACAGUGAGCACACCCAACAGCCAGCACUCCUCCCCGAGCCGCUCGCUCAGUGCAGGAUGCUGGUGAUGGCAUUGCCUCUGAUCUGACUUGACUUCGCAGCUGGUUCAUCCAGCAAGCAUCGUGCCCUGGAGGAGCAAGAACAUUAUAUAACCUGUCCUGCCAGCAGAGACUUCUCUCCAGCGACACUGGGCUCUGCAUUGGUUCUGAAAGGAGAAUUACAGAACAAUAGUUGGCUCCCUUUUGUGCCCAGGAAAAAAAAGCCCAACAAGUCCCCAGGGGAACGGGAGAAAAAAACCACCACAACAAAAAUACAAACCCAGGCAGAAAAUCAAAGUGCAGCAAACGUCAACUCAUCCAGACAGCUCCUGCCACCGAGAGAGAAGCUUUUCACUUCUUGUUUGUGCAUGGAGGCGUCCGCUCCUAGCGGGUCUCCUGGAUGCUCCCAGGGGAGUGCAGUGGCAUCGACCAGCACACACAGAAAGUUCUGCUCCCCCUGGAAGAAUGCUGCAGCCACAGAGUCUCCGCCCGGGCUGCAGCCAGCGGUGGAUUUGGCUGGUGGCUCAGCAGACGGUCUGAAAGUGCCUGUGAUUGCCAAGGCCGGGUGUCAGCACAGUUCACAUUGCCCGGAGCCUCUCAGGGAAGGCAGCAUUGUCUGCCAUGAGGGUCCGGGAAGGGAAGGAGGGGAGUGAGAGCCAGAAUUCCUGGGCUCUUCACCCGGCAAUAAACCUCACACAGUCCUGGAUGAAUCACUUCCAUGCUGCUGCUCUGCGUUAAUCCCCGCUGGCGAAGCUGUGCCCGGCGCUGGGGAAGGGCCGGAGCCCCGCUGCCUGCCCUGUCGACGGCAGUGUGGUAGAGGAGCAGUUCUCUCCCAUCGCCUGGCCCAGCUCCUGGGGAGCCGUGUGUCUGCUGUUCCCAGGGGAGCAGGAGGCGUAGGUCGUCCCAUGACUGGGACCAUCUUGCUGCUGCCAUCCCUGCUCUCCGGUGUUUGUGCAUCCUCCUUGCCCGGUAAGCAACCCCAAGCCUUCCUCCUCGCCCAGCGGGACGGAUCGUCUCUGCCUCAGUUGACGCGAGAGUUUGUUCAGAACCCCCCCGGCUUUUAAAGGCCGAUCGUUUGGUACCCGUGAUGUUAUGUCGUAUCUCUUGGUGUGCUGCGGGCAUCUCUGGGCCAGGGCAAACUCUAUCAAGGUGGAGAUGUACAGCGAUGAGGAAGCCAGCCGGCUGCUGUCACAGGAUGACCGGAUGCUCGAGAAGGAGGACAGCGUGAUCGUGGAGGACUCACUCUCAGAGCCCCUGGGCUACUGCGAUGGGACGGGCCAGGAGCCACACUCCCCCGGGGGCAUUCGGCUGCCUAAUGGCAAGCUGAAGUGUGACAUCUGUGGCAUGGUGUGCAUCGGCCCCAAUGUGCUGAUGGUGCACAAGCGCAGCCACACCGGAGAAAGGCCAUUCCACUGCAACCAGUGCGGAGCCUCCUUCACCCAGAAGGGAAACCUCCUGCGUCACAUCAAACUGCACUCUGGCGAGAAGCCCUUCAAAUGUCCCUUCUGCAACUAUGCGUGCCGCAGGAGGGACGCGCUCACCGGCCACCUGCGAACACACUCUGUCUCCUCCCCGACUGUCGGCAAGCCCUACAAGUGCAACUACUGCGGCCGGAGCUACAAGCAACAGAGCACGCUGGAGGAGCACAAGGAGCGCUGCCACAAUUACCUGCAGAGUCUGAACACUGAACCGCAGUCACUGGCCAGCCAGCAAGGAAUGGCGGAGCUGCCCUCACCAGCAGCGACAUGGGGCAGGUCUCUCCAGGACAGGGGUGAGAGCCGGCAAGAAAAGCGAGGGCACUUCGAUCUGUUGAAGCCAGCUCCUCUUCCCCAAAGUGGCAGGAGCGGGCCCAGCUCGAUGAAGAAGGGAGGCGGACCGGCUGCCGGUGCUCCCCUGCGACCGAUUCACCAACGGGGUGAUGAGAUGCGAGACCUGGAGAUAGUGCCGGACUCUCUGCUUCACCCCUCAUCCGAUCGGCCAACAUUUAUUGACCGGCUGGCGAACAGCCUCACCAAACGGAAACGAUCAACACCUCAGAAAUUUGUGGGGGAGAAGCAGAUGCGGUUCACCCUCUCAGACCUCCCCUUCGAUGUGAACUCCAGCUUUGAGAAGGAUGUGGAGAUGGUCUCAGCCCACCACCCUCUCGACCCCUCCUACGGCAGCUCCCUAUCCCUGAUGGGGGGGGAGCAUCUUCGUCCCCUCCGGCUGCCCCCCACAAACUGCAUCUCGGAAGUCACGCCUGUCAUCAGCUCCGUCUACACGCAGAUCCAGCCACUGCCGGGCCGGCUGGAGAUGCCGGGGAGCCGGGAAGCUGCCGAGGGGCACGAGGACGUGCCGGAUGGGGUGCAGGUGAUGUACCGGGGCCGGGAGCAGGGCGUAUCGCCCACCAACGGCUGCCAGGACUCGACGGACACAGAGAGCAACCACGAAGAGCGGAGCUCACAGCUGCCGGUGGGGAACUGUGCAAGCAGCCGCCAGAGCCCAGCCUAUGCCAAAGAGGACCCCAAGCUGCCAGAGGGACCCCCGGCCGCCCGCUCCACCCCCAGCUCCGCCAAAGAAGCCCUGCGGGUGGUCAACGAGGACGGGGAGCAGAUCAGGGCCUUCAAGUGCGAGCACUGCCGCAUCCUCUUCCUGGACCACGUCAUGUUCACCAUCCACAUGGGCUGCCAUGGCUUCAGAGACCCUUUUGAAUGCAACAUUUGUGGCUACCACAGCCAGGACCGUCAGCUCUCGGCGAGGCGUAGGGCCACGUGCCAGCCCGGAGCUCUCAGCCCUGUCCUCGGUGUGAGCCUGGUGUUGCCCAUCCCUGCUCCUCAGGUGAAGCAAACCUCAGAUUCGGUGCUAAAAACCCCUGGGACUCCCCUCUCUGUCGGCUGCCAGCCUCCCUGCCUGAGAGAGGGCCACUGCAUCUUAAGCUUUAAUGAGUUGAAGAACACAAGGCCUCCUGCGUCUCCCCACCGGGCUGACAGUGCCAGGUCGGUGAAGCUGCUUUGUGCCCAGCUUCUCCUGCCUGUGGCAUCGGAAGCUCCCUGAGCACGUGGCCCUGGGCAGGGGGCAAUGGGGGUCCCCAUCCCUCUGCUCAAAUGAAGGAAACGUGGAAGCCAGGAAGAUGGUGAGUGUCUGAAUGACAGCUCCAUGAUGCUGACUCGCAUCUCCCCCCUCUUCCUCAGUACGGGCCAGUAUCUCCAGCCCAGUCCGCUGCAGGGUCUGAUCUCCACUGCCUGCAGAUCUGGGCCCUAUGCUCCCCUUGCCCCCACAGCCUUGGUGGACAGACCGCUCCCUCUGUCAUUCCCGGGGCUCUGCGGGGUUGCCCCGUCAUCCGGGAUCACUCUCUUCUGUACGAAGGUGUCUGAACGCCAGAACUCUGCUCUCGGUCCCACUGGCAUCGGGAUCCCUCGGAGCCACUGUGUUCGGUGGCUCCAAAAGAGGGUGGGAAGAUGGGGACAUCAUCUUCCCUCACCACUGAGUGACUGUCCUCUGAGUCCCAUUCCCCUGGGGCAGGCACCGAGCGGCCCCAGGUGCGGGUUGUCAGGAGCAAGACACUGAGGCACAGGGCUCCCAGGCCCAAGGGGGGCAAUCCGGAGCCCGGGACCACCGGGACUGAGUCCCCUGGCAAAAGGGAUUUAGCAGAGGCAGUCAAUAACCAAAAAUUAAACGCGAGCAUGGGGCCCAGCCCUGGCGGGGGCCACAGCAAAGCCCCCACUGCCUCGGUGCUUGCGGCUACCACCGCAGCCGGGACCCCCAGCCGCAGCCCCCCACCGGGGGGAGCCCCAAUUCCUCCCCAGGCCCAGGAUGCAUAAAAGUCCCCUUGGCAGUGGCCGCUCCCGGGGGUCUCCUGAGGUUGAAACCAAAGGCUGUUCCUUUUUCUACAGACACAAACACAACCACCUCACGCGGCAGCAGCUCCUGUUGCCCAUUUCCUUUUUGGUUUUGUUUUGUUCUCCUUUCUUGUUUUUCUGUGGAUGGUGUCUGCAUAUCGAGAGGGGACAGCUGAGCUGGGGCUCAGCUCACCCCAGCAACUGCUGCCCAUAACCGGCACUGGCAGAAUUAGCUGGAGCCCCCCAUAGCCCUCACUCCCAGCACCAAAACCGACCCAGAAAGGGGAUUUUCACACCGAAUGGAAACUCUGCAGUUUCGAACUGCUCUUGGGGUUUUAUUGUUUUGUUCCUUUCUAUUUUUUUCCUGUAAAAGAAUCUAAAACAGAAAUGUAGGAAUUUUGUAAAACUCUAGGUCGCUUUACUUGUGUAAAUAUCUAUAUUUUUUAAUCAGAUGUAUGAAGAACAAACAAUGAUGUGCAAUACCCUGCCCCCCCGGCCCCUCCUCCCUUUCUGACGAGUUUUCAUUUGUAUAUCGUUAAUGGAUUUGCUGUUGUCUUUGUUUUUCCCUUUUUUGUGAGGUUAGACUCGCUUUGGGACAUCCCCUGCCUCUCUCUCCCCCUUCCUCUUCCGUGACCGCAGGAGCUUUUGUAUCUGUAAGAUAUUGUAAUUACCUAUUUGUGUAACGAGAUCUACUACUGUAAGUUUUGUACUGUACUGGCUGAAGGUCUGUUAUAAAUAAACCGGAGUAAUUUAA